AUGAUCAAACUCCAGAACCACUUCAAGAGUUUGUCAAAAGAGACGCGAGCAGCUCAACGACAGCAGGCCUCAGAGGGGACUCUGGUGGAGCGUUUCUGGUCAAACGGCGGUCUCAUUUCUCAUUUCUUAGACCCAGAACGAAAUACCAAAGUCAGUAUGAGAACUCUCUACCCUGACUUCCUGUUCAGAGCAUGGCUGUAGGAAAACCAGAUCUGUGUCUCAUUUUGGAUGUUUGUCUGAUGGGCUCCCUCCAUUAUUAUCCACUGUCACAAAUACGUCUUUGUACGCUUUUCCUUGUGCGAUAUCUCCUCACACAUCUGCAUGUGCAGCUGUGUUCUCCGUGCAGUAUCAUAGUCAACGUAUUUUUAAUUCAUAUUCCAAGUAAGGGUCAUCAGAGAGUAAAUCUUGUCAUGGUUAUAAAAGACAUGAGGGUGUCUGGAGGGUGGCUCCGCCCCCCAGUUCACCUAUAUAGUUUAUACAGUAUAUGAUAUAAACCUCCUACAGUUAUGCCACAGUACAGACACUACAAUAAGCAAAGACAACAAAGAUCCAAAUAAAGAACUUAAAAAACCCUAAAUACGUCUAAAAUCAGAAUAUCUGAUAUCAGGAAAUAAAAAACAAACAUGUUGUAACUCAAGAAAAAACAAGAUAGACACGAUCGGGAGGUCCUGUGGCGUCAGCAAUAACUAGUGUAUAUUUUUAUGAGCAUUUUAUAACAUAACUGUGAUUUUUUAUUGGAGGUGUAUUUUACAGGUUACUGUAGACACAGUAACAAUCUAACAGGAUAUCCUCAUAUACAAAAGAAUACAUAAAAUACAUGAAAACAAGAAAUCUGCUUUUUCUUUACUAGGACAUAAUUAUGUCAGAGACUCUCAGUCUUUAUCUGAACUCUGCUUACUGUUUAUAUACUUACUGUUUUACUAUUUUGUGUUGUAUAUAGGGUACAUACUUUUUUAUUAUCUCUUUAUUUAUUCUUCUCUUAUUGUUUAUCUCCUCUUUUACUGUUUAUACUCUCAUCACUUUUACUGUAUUUGCACUGGAGUUACUGUAACGAAAGCAUUUCCCCUCCUGAGGAUUAUUCAAGUAUUUCUGAUUCUGAUUAUUUUUUCUUAUUUUAUCUACUAUGUAUCUCCUAUUUCUACUUUAUUGACUCUGGAGUUACUGUAAAGAACAGUAUUUCCCCCUGAGGAUUAUUAAAGUAUUUCUGAUUCUGAAGUCUUAACUAAACAUUUGUUUUUAUUUUUUAAUUUUGCCUGUUUUUCUGUUUUUAUUUUUGCCUGUUUUUUGUUUUUAUUUUGACAAUUUUUCUGUUUUAAUUUUGCCUGUUUUUAUGUUUAUAUAUUGACUAUUUUUUGUUUUUAUUUUGACGGUUUUUCUAUAUUUUUUUUAUUUUGCUUGUUUUUCUGUUUUUAUUUGACUGUUUUUAUCUUUUUAUUUUGCCUGAUCCCUUUUUUGCUUGUUUUUGUUUUUUGUGUGACUGUUUUUGUUUGUUUAUUUUGACUUUCUGUGCUGCUUCUGCUGUAGCUGCUGUCCUCUGGAUCAAUAAUGAUUACCUGAUUAAUAAAAUCCUGAUCUAUAUUCCUCUCUAAAGCACAAACCUUCAGUGAGUUAGUUGUUCUGAUCGAGCUUGUUUACAGUCUCUGGUUUUUGGCUCACAGUCCCACCCUCGCAGCGGACCCAUGGCGCCCCCUGUCGGCAGAGACUCGCCCCGCCCCUCGGAGCAGCCUCCUCUCCGGUCAGCGGAGCUCCGGGACACCUCCGUCAGUCAGUCAGGAGGAGCAGCAGCGGGAACAGCAUCGUCGUCCAGCGGCUCCUCCCGCGAUCGUCCCACACCCAGCUAG